UUGCCCAGUUUUCUGCAGCUCUCAUGUCUCCCCAGAUGGUGGCCAUGGCCUGUAGGAAACUCCUUGUGUUGACAUAUUACAAGUUGCUGAUUGGAUUUCUCAUCACUUCUUUAACGGGAUCUGAAGCCAACGAAUGUCCUCAGCUUUGUGUUUGUGGGAACCGUCCUUGGUUUACUCCACAGUCGACCUACCGCGAGGCCAAAACCGUGGAUUGCAAUGACCUACGUCUGACCAAGAUCCCAGCCAACCUUUCUGCAGACACCCAGGUGCUUCUUCUGCAGAGCAACAACAUCGAGCGGACUAAUGGAGAACUUCAGCAGCUGGUGAACCUCACGGAGCUUGAUCUUUCCCAGAAUAACAUCACCUCCAUUCAAGAUGUGGGUCUGGCCAAUCUCAGCCAGCUCACCACUCUGCACCUGGAGGAGAACCAAGUCUUCGAAAUGACUGACUACUGUCUUCAAGACUUGACCAACCUUGAGGAACUCUACAUCAACCACAACCAGCUCAGCUCCAUCUCACCUAGUGCCUUUGCUGGACUGCGCAGUUUACUCCGCCUGCACCUAAAUUCAAAUAAAUUGCGGAUUAUUGACAGUCGCUGGUUUGAUUCCACCCCUAUCUUGGAGAUCCUAAUGAUUGGUGAAAACCCAGUCAUCGGUAUAUUGGAUCUAAAUUUCCAACCACUGAGAAGUUUGAGGAGCUUAGUCUUGGCCGGCAUGUACCUUAGUGACAUUCCAGGGAACGCUUUGUUGGGGUUGGAUAAUCUGGAGAGUUUAUCCUUCUAUGACAAUAAGCUCAGUCAAGUUCCCCAGGUGGCUCUACAAAAACUUCCGAACCUCAAGUUUUUGGACCUUAAUAAAAAUCCCAUCAGAAAGAUUCAGGAAGGAGACUUCAAGAACAUGUUACGCCUGAAGGAGCUGGGGAUCAACAACAUGGCAGAGCUUGUAUCUAUAGACCGCUACGCUCUAGACAAUCUCCCAGAGUUAACGAAGCUUGAAGCUACAAACAAUCCGAAACUGUCCUAUAUCCACCGAUCCGCCUUCCGUAAUGUGCCUACCCUGGAGAGCUUGAUGCUAAAUAAUAAUGCUCUGAACUCUGUGUACAAGGGUACGGUGGAAUCACUGCCCAAUCUGCGGGAAAUUAGUAUCCACAGUAACCCGAUACGUUGUGACUGCGUCUUACACUGGAUAGGUUCCAAUCAAACCACCAUCCGUUUUAUGGAGCCGCUGUCCAUGUUUUGCGCAUUUCCCCCAGAAUAUCGAGGCCAGUCUGUGAAGGAGGCCUUGGCUCAGGACUCGACUGCAGAGCAGUGUUUACCCAUGAUAGCUCAAGAAACCUUCCCCAGCCAUCUCAGCCUAGACUUAGGUAUGACCAUUUCCUUGGAUUGCAGAGCAAUGGCCGAACCUGAGCCUGAUAUCUACUGGGUUACCCCCAUGGGCCAUAAGGUUACCACAGAGACUUUAUCUGAUAAAUAUCGCUUGGGCGGGGAAGGGACCCUGCAGAUCAGCAAUGUGCAGGUGGAGGACUCUGGCCGGUACACCUGUGUGGCACAAAAUUCAGAAGGGGCAGACACCAGGGUGGCAACACUGCGUAUAAACGGGACCCUUCUGGAUGGUUCUCAGGUUCUCCGGCUUUACGUGCAGCAGACUGAAGCUAGUUCAGUCCUGGUGUCCUGGAAGGUUAGCUCCAGUGUCUUGGCUUCUAACCUGAAGUGGUCUUCAGCCACCAUGAAGAUUGACAACCCUCACAUCACAUACACGGCCCGGGUUCCUGCCGACGUCCACGAAUACAACCUGACCCAUCUCCAACCCGCCACCGAGUACGAAGUGUGUCUGACGGUAUCUGGUCUACAUCAACAAGCUCAGCGAGCCUGCAUUAAUGUCACCACCAAGGGCACGUCCUACUCAUUGACCGUCACCGACCAGGAGACCAGCGCGGCCCUGGCUGCCGUUAUGGGGUCUCUUUUUGCCCUCAUCAGUUUUGCUUCGGUUUCUGUUUACGCAGCAAAAAGAUUCCAGAGGAAAAACUAUCGUCAUUCCCUGAAGAAGUACAUGCAGAAGACAUCUUCCAUCCCACUGAACGAGCUGUACCCCCCACUCAUCAGCCUGUGGGAGGGGGACAGUGAGAAGGAGACGGGGACUGCGGAGACCAAAGCCUCCCAGGUGGACACGACCCGGAGCUAUUACAUGUGGUAA